AUGCUCCGCUCAUAUGGAAAGCGCUUCUCGGCGUACGGUCAUAUGCAGGUUCGCCACUUUACUUCCCUUCAAGUUGAAAAGCCGUGCGCCACGCUUGCAGAGAAGAUAGUUCGAGGUAAGGAAUGCACGGUAUUUUACCGACAUCCUGUUUACGUUAUGUCUCGAGAGAAAAUGUUGAAUACGAUAUGGAUUGACUGCGGGAUUUUCAGUCUUUCUUGGAAGGCAUUAUUGCCAUACUUUGUUCUUGCUUGUUUCUUCAAGGCAUAG